AUGGCGGACAGACUGAAGCAAAUCGCCUUACACACUAUGGGAUCAAUCGCACCACAGGCUUCUAGCCUGGGCUCUAUCAUCAAAGAGCUCACGCUCGAGGAGAAGGUCAGCCUGCUGGCUGGCAAGGACUUCUGGACAACGAAUGCUGUGCCCAGGUUAGGUGUCCCGUCGUUGAAGGUGUCAGAUGGACCGAAUGGUGCUCGAGGGGAGGCAUUCAAGGGAGGCGUCAAGAGUGCCUGUUUCCCAGCCUGUGUGUCACUAGCUGCCACAUUCGAUAAAGGGCUUGCCAGGCACAUUGGGAAGGCGUUAGCUGAGGAGACUAGGACGAAGGGAGCAACGGUGCUGCUUGGGCCGACAGUAUGCCCUCACCGAGACCCUCGUGGUGGUAGGAACUUCGAAUCCUUUUCUGAAGACCCUCUUCUUGCGGGCGAGCUGGCAGCUGAGUAUAUCAAUGGGCUUCAGGCGGAGGGUGUUGGAGCAACGAUUAAGCAUUAUGCCGCCAACGAGUCUGAGACGAAGCGGUUCACCAUCGACGCCGAGGUCUCCGCCCGCGCUCUCCGCGAGAUCUACCUCAAACCAUUCGAGAUCGCGGUCAAGAAAUCAGACCCGUGGGCGCUGAUGACGAGCUACAAUCUUGUGAAUGGCACACAUGCUGAUUCCAACGAGUUCCUCAUCCGCAAAGUUCUGCGCGAGGAGUGGGGCUUCAAAGGUCUGAUCAUGAGCGAUUGGGGAGGCGUCAAUUCAACGGCCGAGAGUCUCAAUGCUGGACAUGAUCUUGAGAUGCCUGGACCUGCCAGCUGGCGGACGGUCGCGAAGGUUGCUGAAGCCAUCAAGAAGGGCAAGCUGACUGAGGCGACGCUCAAUGGGCGUGUGAAGAAAGUAUUGGAGCUACUGGAGCGGACGGGGAAGUUUGAUGAUCCGACGAUACCUGAGGAGAAGGCUGUGGACAAGGCCAGCCAUCGCGAGCUGAUUCGUCGCGCCGGUGCCGAGGGAAUGGUGCUGCUGAAGAAUGAAGCAAUGUUCUGCCUCUCAGGAUGGAUCAGCUCAAGUCGGUGGCUUUGGUUGGCCUAUCCAAAGAAUUCCUUGGGCAUGGCGGAGGCUCUGCCGCCGUGA